AUUUAUCUGCUGAGGAAAUAAAACUGGUUCCCAGUUGAGCACCACCACUCUUAAAACUAGAUCACUGCAUCAUUUUACGGUUUUAUGUGCGCGCGCGUGCGUGUGUUCGGAGGAGGGGUUCUAAGGUGGCCCGGGGAGAGCUGCUUUACACUCCACACAUCAUCGGUUGAGCGCAUUGCCCGAGAGGCGGGACUGUGACCCGGUUAGACGCGAAACGAGCCCGGCCGCCGUCCGCAUCUCCCCAGAGUGGGUAAAAUUCCGCGUCCUCCGUGGAAGCCACGAUGUCCGACUGUAGGAGACAGUGGAACCGGGAGGAUGAGCUACCCGUGUACCUGGCGGGGCCGAUCAGCACCGGGCCGAACCAGAGGAAAACGUACGGGAUGUUCAGCUCGGUUGAGGGGGCGUUCGAGAGCAAGACCAUCGACUUCGACAACUACGCGGUGGGCAGGAAAGGGAGCCGCACCCCGCGGAGCGGCAGCGGGGAGAGGCUGCUGGAUAACGGUGACCCCAUCGGCAAGACGCCCAGCGAAGCGCGAGCACCGCCACCGAGCAACGCACCGGCGGAGACGGACAGCAGCUCCGAAGUCAGACACUCAGGGAGGGAACGCCACGAUGGAGAGACUGAGAGGCUGUUGAUCAAAGGAGGGCGGGUCGUCAACGACGACCAGAGCCUUUAUGCAGACGUCUACAUCGAGGACGGCCUCAUCAAGCAGGUGGGGGAGAACCUGGUGGUUCCGGGCGGCGUGAAGGUGAUCGAGGCCGACGGGCGCAUGGUGAUCCCGGGCGGCAUCGACGUCAACACCUGCCUGAUGAAGCCCCACCUGGGCGUGCGGCCCGUGGACGACUUCCUCCAGGGCACCAGGGCCGCGCUCGCCGGAGGCACCACCAUGAUCAUCGACCACGUGACCCCUCAGCCCGGCGACAGCCUGCUGGAGGCGUUCGAGCGCUGGCAGGAGGCCGCGGACAGGAAGGCCUGCUGCGACUACUCGCUGCACGUGGACGUCCCCCAGUGGAACGAGGCCGUUAAGGACGAGCUGGAGUUGCUGGUGCAAGAUAAAGGUAUCAACUCCUUCCAAGUGUACAUGGCCUAUAAGGACUUGUACCAGAUGACAGACUCUGAGCUGUACGAGGCCUUCUGCUUCCUGAAGCAGCUGGGUGCUGUGGUGUUGGUUCACGCUGAGAACGGAGACCUGAUAGCUCAGGAGCAGAGUAAAAUCCUGGGGAUGGGAAUCACGGGUCCUGAAGGCCAUCCUCUGAGUCGUCCCGAGGAGCUGGAGGCCGAGGCCGUGUUUCGCGCCAUCACCCUGGGCAACCGCGUGAACUGCCCCGUCUACGUCGCCAAGGUGAUGAGCAAGAGCGCAGCCGACGCCAUCACCCAGGCCCGGAGGAAAGGUUCCGUGGUUUUCGGGGAGCCCAUUACGGCGAGCCUGGCUGCGGAUGGUUCCCACUACUGGAGCAAGAACUGGGCCAAAGCGGCCGCCUACGUGACGUCGCCGCCACUGAGCCCGGACCCCACGACGCCGGAUCACCUCCACACGCUGCUGUCGUGCGGCGACCUCCAGGUGGUGGGCAGCGCUCACUGCGCUUACAGCACCUCCCAGAAGGCGAUCGGCAAAGACGACUUCACCCUCAUCCCAGAGGGGACCAACGGCGCGGAGGAGAGGAUGGCCUUCGUCUGGGACAAGGCCGUGGCCAUGGGGAAGAUGGACGAGAAUCAGUUUGUGGCCGUCACGUCCACGAACGCCGCCAAAAUCUUCAACCUGUACCCGCGCAAAGGCCGGAUAGCGGCGGGCUCCGACGCCGACGUCGUCAUCUGGGACCCCGAUAACGUCAAAACCAUCACUGCCAAACUCCAGCAGUCGGCUGCGGAUUACAACAUCUUCGAGGGUCUGGAGUGCCGCGGAGGUCCGGCGCUGGUGAUGAGUCAGGGUCGGGUGGUCUACGAGGACGGCAAGCUGCAGGCUCAGCAGGGCACCGGUCGCUUCAUUCCCCGCAAGCCCUUCCCGGACUUUGCUUACCAGCGCAUUAAGUUCAGGAACCAGGUGAAGGCCAGGCAGGCUGUAACUCGAGGGAUCUACGACGGGCCGGUGUGCGACGUCGUUCUGACCCCCAAAUACAUCACCCCCGCUCCGUCAGCCAAAACGUCACCGACCUCCCAUCAGCCGCCGCCCAUACGCAAUCUGCAUCAGUCCAACUUCAGCCUGUCAGGGGCACAGAUCGAUGACAACAUCCCCCGUCGCUCCGGCCACCGCAUCGUGGCGCCCCCUGGUGGUCGCUCCAACAUCACCAGCCUCGGAUGAACACGCGGCGUGUGGGCUUUCAGCCAGGCGCGUGUAGGUGUGUGUGUGUGUGUGUGUACGUAUGACUGACAGUGUGAGCCCAGUGGCACGAAUGAGCACCUUUGUAUGUUUCGCCGCGCCCUUUCUAAACCGUUAUGAUUUUAUUAGCUUGCCUUGAUGAGGCACAUUUACACUAAAUGUAAGACAAUGUGUGAUAAACAAUCAACUGUACAUGACACACACACACACACACACACACACACACACACACACACACACACACACACACACACACACACACACACACACACACUAAUGUGACACCAGUGUUACGUGUUAAUAUGUCCUCCCUCCUCUGAGCAUGACUUUCUCCCUAAUGUCCCUCACGUCCCACGUCCUCACGAGCGAGUCGGCUCAGACACGGUGCUCCGCUCCAUCCAUCUGGUGGACGGCUGUACAAAUCGCAGACACCUCCCUUUGCAUCUGGUUUUUAAAACCCAUUAGCAAUAUUUACUAGAACACUGCUCCAGUGACUCACUGCAUGGACUGUUACGACUGCAUGUAUUUAACAGCGCCGCUGUAAAUGCUGUGGUUGGAGCCAGACGUCACCCGGUGGAAGUAACAAUAAUAGAACCAGUCUUAACAUUACUGUGAAUGCUAUUCAAAAGCAAUGCAACUUCCUCUUAAUCGACACAAACUAUAUGCAAACGUUUCCACGCGCUGCUUCUCAGUGUGAAGGCGGAGGAGCAGCUGAGACCAGUGUGGAUUCUUAUCUGCUGCACUCACACAAUAGAGUCACAGUAAAGACUCUGUGUUCGCUUGUUUGCUCAUCACGCGCUCCUCACGUAUGGAUCUUUUUUUCUGAUGAGAUGCUCGACUCACUGCUGUAGAAGGGCUUCGGUUGCCACCGCUGCUCUUUCCAGCUGCACCCAGAACCUUUUUAAGCUGUUUCUGAAUCACGGUAUCGAUUCUGCAUACUUUCUUGGUGCACAUGGUGUUUUUAUGCCACUUUGCUUUUGUUUUGCUGCCGUUGUCUCCAGUGGAACCACUAAUGAUCAAUAAAGGCUCGAGUGCUGUCAAAAGAAAUGGGUAAACAGAGUUUCACACUAGCGCCGUGGCUCAUAUACGACUCAUCAGGGGUUUUUUGAAAGUCACCAGAAGGACUGAAAAUGAUUACAGUAGGUACUACAGAGGAACUGUAUCACAUAAUUACCACAAAUGAGUGAGAAACAGAAAGCUGCUCAAACCCUGAAGGCUCUGCCACGAUAAUGCAAACAGAGGGAAACUGCAGACGCUGGAUCGUACACGGGUUUACGUCAUCUCCAUAUCAGAGUGGUGGGAUUUGCAUAACUUUACAUAACGCGACUCUGCUGCAUUAAUGUGGCUCCUUCUUAAAUGAAAAGAAGCAGCUUGUUGUGUUGCCCUUGGCAUCUUUCAGGUAUUAGGACACGGGCUCCUCUCACUUACUGCAUGCGCAAAACUACACUUUAACGAACAGCAAUGGAGUAAAGAUGAAUUUACUGUAUGAUGAAUAAAACUUUUAGUUUUUAGGUU